GCAAAGCGAAGCAAAAAAAAAAGAAAAUAAAUGCCGAAACUGAAAAUGAAAUUUUCAACCCUCGUCUCUAUUUCCACAUUUAGAUAAUCGAUAAAGCGAAUAGGGAACGGCUGUGCACCGACUGAAUUCUUUCUUCUUUCAGUUUUUAAUUUGACGUUUGUUCGACGACACAUCUUCACCAUCGCAUACGCGAAUCUCUUAUCGUGGUGCAUGCGAGAUAGAAAGUGCGUGUAAAUAUUGAGUUAUUUCUUCGAAUCUCGCUUAAUUUUUUUGUUCGUACGGUUCUUCGUUCCACCAAAUUUCAUACACACACCCUUGUGAACUUUGUGUUUUUAAUAUUUUCCAUAAAAUUUUUGUUCGUAGUGUGAAUUAUUUUUACCAAUUAGAUUACUGUAGUUAAAGAAAGAAGAAAAAAACUAUGAAAGAAACACAAAAACAGCAGAAUAGUUCGGAUACAUCGGAAUAUAUAGUGGGAAUUUAAAGUGUGUGUGUGUAGAACAAAAAACGCAAAUCUAGAUAUUUUCGAAAUAGUUUGACGAAUUUUACGCAAUACAAACGGAACGAGUGACGACGACGACGACGACGACGACGGCAAAGAGAGAACGAAUCGCUUGUUUGAUGACAUGUAAAUCUUCAGAAAAAAAAAUCAGAAAGAAAUAGUAAAGAAAGGAAAAAACUAAAAAAAGAAUUUCAGUUUUAUUCAUCAUUCAGUGUGUAUCUCAGUUGUUGAUGAAAUUGUUUUUCACUUCACACCAAAGACCAUUAGUGUGUGUGUGUGUAUUUCCUUCUUGUCGUUAUUGUUGUUGUUUCAUUUUUUGUUGUUGUUGCUGUUGUUGGUUAUGCCAUCGACCAGAAUUACAUUCACACAAGAGCAGAUAAGCAUAAAGGAAUUCUCAGCGGAGUAAAUAGCCCGAGAACAAUGAUACACUGCAAUGAAUGAAAGAUAUUAUUCGUGUGUGGUUGACAGAAGAUUUCCCUAGAACGUCGAUCCAGCAGAACAAAACAAUACAAAAUGCAAAUGACAAAAGCGAUGGAAAACUUCUAGCGAAAUUACUCGAUAGCAGCUGAUAAAUUGUGAUUUAAGAACCCAACGUUGCACUCGUACAGUUGGAGCAAGUGAACGAGAGAGCGAACGAGCGAACAGCACAUUUGCUCACAGUUAUCACGGCACAUAGUCUUAUUUUUUACCAAAUAGUUUAGGUAGUAAAAAUGCAUUUACACUUUGAAAAAAGUACGAAUGCAAAAUGUGAUUGCUCAAUAGUUUCACUAAGUUGGAUGGGCAAAGUUCCGGAGCAUUUACCGGAGGAGGACGGAUGGAAGCUCACUCGAACAAAUUAUUACCAAGAAGGAUGGCUGGCAACGGGCAAUAUUCGUGGCAUUGUUGGUGUCACGUUUACAACAUCCACGAGCAAAAAAAAUAUGGACUAUCCUCUGCGAACCAAUUACAAUCUUCGAGGCCAUAGAUCAGACGUAACGUUAGUGAAAUGGAACGAACCCUACCAAAAGCUGGCAUCCUGUGAUAGUACUGGCAUUAUAUUCGUAUGGAUAAAAUACGAAGGCAGAUGGUCAAUUGAAUUGAUAAAUGAUCGAAACACGCCCGUUACGCAUUUCUCUUGGUCUCAUGAUGGUCGUAUGGCUUUGAUAUGUUAUCAGGAUGGAUUUGUGCUGGUUGGUUCGGUUGCGGGUCAACGUUAUUGGUCGUCGAUGCUGAAUCUCGAUUCGAUAAUAACAUGCGGCAUUUGGACGCCAGACGAUCAACAAGUGUACUUUGGCACGGCCCAUGGUCAAAUUAUCGUGAUGGAUGUCCAUGGAGCGAUGGUGUCACAGGUACAAUUGUAUGCCGACAUGAAAAUUACGUCAAUGGCAUGGUCUUGUGAAAAAUUCAAAAUGGAAGAGGGCGAAGAUGAUCCAGGUGUUACUAAUGCAGGCAAACGGAAUUUCAUAUUAGCGGUCAGUUUUCAAAAUGGAUUCAUUUAUUUGCUCAAAUCAUACGAUGAUGUUUCACCUGUUCACAUAAACACGGAUAUGAAUGGAUCGAUCGGUUUCGUAAUGGAAUGGAGUAAUGCACAAGAGCUAUUGGCUGUGGCGGGAACGCUCAGUCAAUCUGUACAGCCAAUGGAUUCACAAGGGGCACUUGUUUUUCAUAAUGUUGUCAAAUUCUACACGGAAACUGGCUACCAUUUGUACACGGCUCGCAUACCAAGCACAAGUAGCCCAGUGUCGGCACUCACAUGGGGACACAGUGAUAAACGAUUAUUUAUUGCAACGGGAACGCAAGUGCACAUCGCAUGGGUGUCGAGGAAAGUGGCAACGUUGCAAUUGUUGUGCCGAUUGCAAGUGCAAAAUUGCAUUGGAUCAGAAUUGAUGGUCCCAAAACUACCGCUCCCGUCGAGAAUUAAGUCUCUCAUUACAAAUAUGUAUUCACAAACCAUACGGUGUUGUGUUCCGAAUAUGAAGUCGUUAAGAGAGUUUGUUUCACGUCCACCGUCGUGUUCAAUUCGACUACACUGCACCAUGAUACGUCAUGAUGACGAAAAUAAUGUUGGAUCUGGCGUGUGCUAUACAUUGUAUUUAGAAUAUUUGGGUGGUUUGGUGCCGUUGCUAAAAGGCAAAAAGACGUCGAAAAUUCGCCCCGAAUUCGUGAUAUUCGAUCCGCAAGUAUCACCAAACAACGUCUUUCAUCAUUACACAGAAAAUGGUUUUGAAGCAAAGAGUUCUUCGGAUUCGAGUGGCUCAACCGUGAAUCAUAGCGAUUCUUCCGACAGUGAAAACGAGGGUCGAUAUCGAAAUUCACCGCGACCACGACGGCGAAAUUCACCUCAGCAGCCGAAACUUCCAAAUCAAAAUAAUGACCGUGCAUCCAAUGGAAACGCAAACGACACCAACGAUCCCAAUGAUGAUUUGGCUUAUGUUGACACUCUGCCCGAAGAAGUGAAAUUGGUGGAGGUAACGUCCAAUUUGUGGGGUACCAAAUUCAAAAUCCAUGGUUUAGCCAAAACCGUACCCGCUAACCUCGGUCAAGUGACAUACAAAACGUCAUUUUUACACUUGCAACCGCGUCAAAUGACACUGGUCAUAACGGAAUUGCGUGAUGAUUUUCCCUUACAUUUGAAAACUGAGGAAAUGGAAUCGGAUCAAAAUUUCAAUCCAAAUGUUUUCUCCGAAGAUGAAGACGAGCAAUCGGCGUUGAAUCAAAAGCGAUCGAAUGCAAACGAAAGUGCGCCGAUGAUAGCGCCAAUGUCACCGCGGCCCAACCGAUUCCCAUCACGAUCGAAGAAUGGCAAUUUGUCGAAAACGGAGAAGAAGAGCUUGCUCGGUCCACUCGCCAAGGCCGAAAUGUACGAAGAUGAUGUGGCGUCCAGUGAGCAAAAUGUGGAAAAUCAAAGCCAAUCACAGUCCAAACCAAUUCGUCCAAAGCAUAUAGAAACAUCAAUUACAUCGAGCUGCCGACCAGGUCCUAGUUAUAGUAGUUUUGUAGCUCAAUAUAGUAGAUCAUCGUCGAAUGGCAGCGGCCAAUCACGGCACGCCAUAUCGCCGCUGUGUUGUGAAGGUUCUGUGCCAACACUACAAUCGCCGAAAAACGCUGUUGGACCAAGUGAUACAAUUUUCGAGCGUCCACCAGCCGUUCAGACUGCAGCUAUUAUUAAUUAUCCGAUUAAUAACAAUGACUACACAAACAGCAUUGUUCACACGAAAAGCAGCAUUUCAAACGAGCAAUCCAAAUCGAACGCACAACACAUUCCGCCAAAUCAGCACCUAUCGAACGGUGGCAAUGCUGCGAUGACCAAUGGCAAAAAUAGCCGCACAACGGAUCGAUUACACUCAAAGAAGAAAGAUUUACAGUAUAUCGAUGAUGAUACGCCAACAGCAUCGGGUGUUGCCCUUGCCACCGCCACCACGGCGCCAGCAACUUCUUCAAACGAAACGAAUAUGCACCGAACAACUACGGUUGUUUCGAUUUCACCGGCAUGCCUGAAUAUGUCGAUGACGCGCAGCUGUAGCGUUGGUUACCUCGAUUCAGUUGACACACCAUCGGAUGAAGCGUUAUCCAUGUUGCGAAAAGAAACACCAAACAAGCGACUGGUGCUCGUUGACCGGAAACCAAAUAAGAAAACCAAACAAACGGAAAAUCAAACCAAAAAAAUGAAAUUGAUUAAGUGUGGCAAGUCGAAAAGUUUGGAUUCAUGCGAUCUCAAGGAAAUUCCGGUGAAAGGGAACACAAAUGAUGGCGGCGGAGCGAAUGUCAUGCCGAAACUGUGCGAAGGCCAUGAAUCGGAAACCGAUUCACCGAGCCACGUGAGACGCGUACAACCGAAACUAAUUGAAACAUCAAUCAUUGGUGCGUUGUCAAGUGCCACCGAACAGCUCUGUUUGAAUUGCCAAAAUGCCACCAAAUUGAUGCAGUGUGAACAAUGCCGAAAAACGUCCACCAACGUAAUCGUUGAUCAAAUUAAGACUGUUUCGAAUUCAUCUAGUAGCAAGUCAUCAAUCUCCUCGUUCACCGAAAACACACCAAAACCACCAUCCAAACUGGAUCACAUGCUGUCGGAAGCGAUUAAGGCGAGCAGCAGCAGUAGCAGCAACAGCAACAGCAGCAGUGGCCGCAACAAAAUGGAACGCAACAAAGCGAAACCACCAAAGAAAAACACUGAAGUCAUUACAAGUUACACCGGUAGCUACACCGACAGUCCGUUAUUUUCACGAAAGCAUCGCUUUGGCGAAGAGGCCACCAGUUCGCGAUACUCAAAUUCUGAUGUCAGAUCGUCACCGUUGCUGUGUCGCAAAUUUGAAACCGGCAUCAGUUUACUAAAGCAAUUCUCCGAGGCUCGAAAACGAAAGAAAGAGGAAAAUUUGCAGUUAAUUAAAGCCGAUUCACAGAGCGACCUACAUCAAACAUCGUCUAACGACACCAAAGCACCUGUGGCAUUGCACACACAGGCUUUGACCACGCUGGAGAACAUCAUCAGUCGAUUGCGUGAUCUGGACGACAAUCACAGCCGUUUGAAUCCACCAUCGUCACCGCAGCAUAGCCGAUAUCCACGCAGUUCGCCAGCAUCGCCGGCGUUGAGCAAGAAGAGUAAACGGAAUUCAAGCACUUCGCCAAUUCGGCAUUUACUCAACUCACCGUUGUUGAAUCGAAAAAAUCGCAAAAAACAACAAGUCGAAAGUUCAGACGAUGAAUCGCAUAACAAUUCAAAUGAAGAUAGCCCUGGCAAAUACAACAGCUACCGUGACUUGGAAACAUUUCAAAAAGCACAGCUUCGUCAAAAGUUAAAGCGCGGAAAAAUUGAACCGAAUGGCCAAAUGCCAACCGUGACACAACCGGCCCCAUUGCGUCGCGAAUUUGUAAUGCACAACAAAGCACCAAUGUGGAAUGAGCAUAGUCAAGUGUACCAAUUAGAUUUUGGCGGCCGAGUUACACAAGAAUCGGCGAAAAACUUUCAAAUCGAAUUCCGUGGCAAGCAAGUCAUGCAAUUUGGACGCAUCGAUGGAAAUGCUUAUACGCUUGAUUUUCAAUAUCCAUUCUCAGCACUGCAAGCGUUUAGCGUUGCGCUGGCAAAUGUAACCCAACGUUUGAAAUAGAUUCACCAUUUUAAAUUGCGUAUAUAUUUAUAUACUGAACCAAGAUUAAACAGCGGAACCAGGAAGAGUAGACAAGAAAUCAAAGAACAUGCUGAAUGUAGGAAGAAAAAAACACAACCGAAAAGGGAAUAUAUUUUUUAUACAAUCAACAGAACCGAACUGACUGUAUGUAAUGUGUAUUUGUAAAACACUUGUGAAUCGUUUGUUGGUUUUUCUGUCUUUAAAACAAAAUGGAAAAAAGAAGACUUAUGUUUAGAGUUCGUAUUAACAUGUGAAUGCUUGGUGAAUCUCUUGAAUUUGCACCACAGAAAGCUUACCUAGUAAGGAAAUUUUUGUUGUUCGAUCGUUUUAAACACACUCACAUAAAAAAAAACGUUUUUUUGUUUUUGCAAAGUAGCUAUAGAUUUUAUCACAAUGACAUCAGACGGCCUCGGCAUUGAUGGCACAUUUAAAGUGUAAAAAAGACUUAGACCAAAUGUGACACAACAUGCCGUCAAAUGUUUGAAUUUUAUUCAUUUUUUUAAUCUUAGCUGACAUUCACUUCGGUAUUUUGCACAAAAAGCAUGCCAAAAAAUAUUGAAAGAAAAAAAAAAUCGGAAAAAAAUUAAUUGUAAUUUUUGUCAACGCGCUUUAAUUUUGUUCAAUGUGUCCCAUUUAAAUUCAUUUAUGUUGUAGUUUAGGGAAUACGACGACGGUACCGCAUUUCUUUUCUCGAGCUUAUUUUGGGUGAGGCGUUUAAAGUUAAAUGUGGCCGCUAGGCCAUUUUUUGAAGGAGCACGAUUUCUUCUCAUCGUGCCUUUCAAACGCUUCUAUCGUUUAUCUUUUGUAUUUUCAAACAAAUGGCUUAUUUUUCAUUUUUUCAAUGAAAAAAUCUUAAUUUUUUUCUUCGUUGAAUGAAUUCAGAAAAGUCCUGUGCAAUGUGGAAAAAAAGCCUCACUUAAAAAUUUAAAAGAAAAAACAAAUUGAAUUCGUAAGAUAUUCAGAGAAUUGAAUGAAUGUCAAUUGAUCGAUUUGCCAUUCAUUCGCACGUGUUGUUUUCAAAUUCAGUCGGUGUUAAUGCUGAUCGCUUUGACUUUUUAACGGAUUUUUGAAAAAUCCCAUUAUAAGGUGUCUUUUUUUUCAUUAAAUUGACAAAAUCAACCCUUUUUCAACCAAUAUUAUCUAGUGUGAUUUAUAAAUAACAUAAUUCUUCUAAUGAUAAAAUUCGAUUUUGCAUUUAUUUGAUAUUUUAUGAUAUGAAUGGAUUUUGCAUCAAAAUUUCGAGAGACAAACAUAAAAAUAAGCUAUUAUGUGUGACGUAAAAAAAAGCGCAUUGAAUUUUUGCUUUUGUUCGUAUUGAUGCUGAGAGAGCAAAAUGGAACACAAAACCAAACCGUAUCGAUUUAAGUAUUAUUAAUGUUAAUGUUUUCAUUUUGUAGUUGUUGUAAGUGUUGAGCACAAUGCGUCUCACAGCGAUAUAAAUAUGCGACCAUGUUUAGAAGAAGAAGAAAAAAAAUGGAGAAAUUCAUCAAAGAAUAUAUUUGUACCGAUGAUUUAACAGAAGAAGAAGAAAAAACACUGAUUAACAAAUGAACUUAUUAGCGAAAUUACAGACAAAAAAAUCAUUUUUUUUUCUCUAUAGGUUAAGUAAUGAAAUCAUUGCUCAUGAAUUCAAUUAUUUGAAACAACUAAAAGUGUAUCCAACAAGAAAUGUCGCAUUCUUAUUUAUUAAUUAGGGCGAAUGUGUUUUUAAAUAUGUAUAUUAAUAAUAAUUGGCCAAUUGUGUAAUAAUUAUAUGUUUUUCAUUCUCACUUCUUCUCGAUUCGAUCAAUCGAUCAGACUUCACUAACCGAUAUUUAACAAACUCCAUAGUUCAGUAUAUAAUUGAAUCUUUUCGGAUUUAAGAAUUGCACAUGAAUGUUUUUUACUUGCACUCGUAAACAAUCAAUCACUUUACCAGAAAUUUAUUAAUUUUGUGUAUAUAUUAACUCUUUGCACUUUGUCACUUACUUAUUUGAAAUAGUCUAAUGAAAAAAAAAAUGCUAUUCUAUCACACACAAAAAUGUCUGAACAUUAAUGAUAAUCUUUAUCGAUGAAUACAUUUCAUCGAUCUAAAAAACAAACUUGGUUCGUUUAGUAAAAAGUAUGUGUGUAACGCACUAAUCGUAAAAAGAGAAGUGAUUGAAAAAAAAAUUUAGAUAUAUAAAAUUUAAAAUCGAAAAAAAAAUCUUCAAUGGGAAUUCCCGCUUUUAAAUGGACAAUUGAAUUGGAGCUAUGAUUUUUAGUAUUCUAUGUGAUGAAUAUUACCUAUGGAAUUGAUCGAAUUUUUGUUUUCGUUCGUAUUAUAUGUUCGCCCGCAAACUAAGCAAAACAUUUCUCAUCCCAAUGCCCAAUGGCAAGGGCAGUCUAUUUUGUGCUGACUGAAUUGCCGCAAUCAUUUCGCAGCAAACAACUGAAUCGGUUAAUGUAUCACUAAUCAAACUUCAACAACAUUGUCCAAUAAUAAUACACUAUACGGGUAUAGUUAUAAAUUAGAAGGAACGAUCAUUCAUUCGAUAACAAAAACAACAACAACCACAGUAAAAUAUGCAUAAAUUAGUGAAACAUUUAUUUAAAGGCACUAUUUUCAAAGCUCACGAUCGCUCACGAUUGCAAUCGUGCACGUUCAAUUACAUUUAAAGUAUAUAGUGCACGAUUGCAAUUAUGAGAUUGCAAUUAUGGACCUUGGAAAGAGUGCAUCAAAGAAGAAAACUAGUAGAAUAAUCCCCUUUGGAAGCACUUUGGAACAAAGCCAAAAUUUGACAUAGAAACAAACAAAAUGCUUAAGUCGUUGCAAUGUGUAAAUAUUGUGAAAUUGACAAGAAAACCCAUUGAAAUCUUUGAUUCGAAUCCCUUUGCAUACAAACGACUAACAAUGUUGUAAAUUAAUUAUGCUUUACUCACUUUUAACCUCUUAACACUCAGCUAAUAAUAAUCCAAUAUAUUUGUCGCGUUGUGUAUUACAUGUGAGCCAAACCAAAGCAAAACCAAACACAAAAAGUGAAACGCCUGGAUAUUAAAUUUUAGCUUCUGUAAGAAGUCACUUGUAGAACUUUACUCAGCAUCACCGUUUGCACCACAAUAUACUAAUAAACACACACGAAACUUGCAAAAAUAAAACAAAAAACAAAUCUUGCUGUUGAUAAUUCGUAUAAUAAACCAUUACGUUUGAUAUAGUUUAAUGUGUAGAAGGUCUUUUUUCUUUCUGUUAGUUCCGUUUUCGAUUAAAUUUAUGUUAUGGCUAUGAGAAUUUAGCACAGAAUUAACCGACAACAAAAAAUUAUCUCUCCUUAUUUUUAGCUCCAUUUUGUGAUUUCGCAUAUGUUUUUCGUUUAAAUUUAAAUCGAUAGAAAAACGCUUUAUUACUUACUUUCUACUCAAAGUCUUCAAAAUCAAAUUCAGCACAAGAACAUGUGUCAAAAUUUUAAAAACCAAAAUUAGGUCGUAGCAACUACAAAAACAUUCGUUAAUUAAAAACAAUGAUUAAUUCAUUUUUAAAAAAGCAUACAAAUCGCGACUGUCUGAAUCAACAAACAAUUUAUACGCGCCCAUAUUUUCUCUCAAUCGCAUGAAUAUAGAAAUUAAUGAUACGAUUCAGACAAAAGACAUAUAUUUAUUUUUAGCUAAUAUUUAUUGAAUAAAUUGUUCAGCAAAUUUUUUUUUCUUUCAUUUUUCAUUUCGUUUUCUUUUUUGCUUUCUAUAAAAUGCAAAACGAUAUUCCAACUUAACAACCUGAAUUAGUAAAUUUUAAAUUAAACUAAACAUGUGAAGCCAUUUUUAAUUAUAUUAAAAUGAAACAUUCAAAACUGGAAAUAAAAACUAUAAA